CCCUCCUGCUGCAAAUAUUCAGAUAUAUAAAAAGAGGAGCAAAGCUAAAGGCGAACAGAAUCCAGCAGAGUGGAGCUACACCAGCGGUGCAACAGCGGAACUUUGGAGCGCGUAAAGGACAGAGCAACAGCUUUCACCUUUCCGCAGAGCACAUGUGUAAAGCGAUGUUACAGCGGAGCGGCUCCCAGCUGCUUCUUUUAAUAGCGCUGUGCAGCGUUUUGUACUCCCGGACUCUGAGUCUGCCACACACACCCAUGAGUUCUGUGUGGAUGCGCAGACCGACGAGACACGCAGACGGUUUGUUCACCAGUGGAUACAGCAAACUAUUGGGUCAGCUUUCGGCGCGGAGGUACCUGGAGUCCCUGAUCGGGAAGCGCGUCAGUGAUGAGCUGAUGGACGAACCUGUGAAGCGUCACUCAGAUGCCGUUUUUACAGACAACUACAGCCGCUUUCGUAAACAGAUGGCCGUCAAGAAAUACUUGAACUCCGUCUUAACGGGCAAAAGAAGCAUAGAAGACCCCGGAACCAGCGACCCAGACGACUCCAUAAAUGAACCAAACACCUUCCAGGAGAACUAUGAUGACAUCGAUGUAGAUCACCUCCUAAACAACUUUCAGUUGCCACUUUGAGGAGCGGCUGGUACCCGUGUGAAUACCUCAAGUCAUCCUCAUGAAACUACCCAUUCCAAGAACAACACAGUAUUAAUCCAAAGGACAUCCGACGAUCAAACAACGACGUGUUUUCACUCAUGUGACUAUUGAUUUAUUUAUCCAUCCACACUGUAUAUACACAAUAGUAACGAUUCCGGUCAAACUGCUCUUGCUCCAACCAGCAAGCGUGUCCACGUUCAGCCGAGUAAGAGACGGAAAUAUGUUGAAUGAGUUUUACGAUUUUCACAGUUGUUCAGUAAACCUUCAGUGGAAUGAUUUCCUUCAGUACCUUUUUAUUAAUAUGAAUAUUGUUUGAAAUCUGAUGGAGGUGUUUGAUUAAAUUCUUAUUAACUUCUCUGACCAACACUUCCAUUCACUUUGAAUACUUACAAUCUCCAGUAGUAUUCACGUAUUAUUGUUUUGCGUUCAGCUGUAUUACUAACUUUCAACUGAAGCACUGUAAGAUUUUACUGGAUUAUUUGUCCAGUUGUGUAUAAUACAGAUAAUGUAAAGGUCUUUUUAUUUUCAAUAAAUGGUAAAAUUAGACAUGAUUAAAAUGCCCUUUUCAUUGGAACAACUACACUGUUAAGUUGCAGAACCCACUUCCUGUGAAAAGGACUGGAAGGAGCAAGAAGAAGAAGAACGAACACAGAUGCAUAUAAUCACUUUAUAAUGAUGUUAUAACUGUGCAUAGACCUGCCUUUAGUGCAUAUAGUGAUGUAAACCUCACCAAAUAAAAGAUGUCAGUUUAUUUUUCAAAGCUGA